AUGCAGCGGAUUGGCGCCGUCGGCGUGGGCGCGCUCCUUCUCCUCACGCUCGCAGUUGCGGCUGCAGCUCCUGCGGGUGACCCCUUCAGCGAUCCUAUGAUUCGCAAAUUCGUAAACACGAAACUUGCUGCCAUGAGCCUCAAGGAGAAGAUCGGCCAGAUGACCCAGUUGGACAUCUCCUAUUUUUUGCAGAAGGACAAGAGCGGCAACCCCGUCGCUGCUCUGGACACCAACCUGCUCCAGAAGGUCGUCAGCCAAUAUGGCAUCGGUUCGAUCGCCAACAGCCCGUUCGCCGCUGGCAUGCUUCCUCUCACCCCCGGUGGCACUCCCGUCUCUGGCUUCAACUGGAUCGAGUUCACCAACACCAUUCAGAAGAUCGCCACCGGGCUGGACAACUCGUCCGUACCAAUUCUCUACUACGUUGACCACGUGCACGGUGCGAACUACGUGUACGGCGCUACGCUUUUCCCUCACGCUAUCGGCCUCGCCGCCACUUGGAACCCUGCGCUGGUGACCAAGGCAGCUGCCAUCGCCGCCAAGGACUCCAGAACCGCGAACCUGCCCUUGGUCGGCUCGCCCAUCUUGGACGUUGCCCUCAACCCCCUCUGGCCGUCGAUGUAUGGAACCCUUGGCGUGGCCACGGUGUUGGGCCUCCAGGGCAACACUACGCUCUCGCCUGGUGGUGCCAACCCGACCAACGUCGCCUCCAUGCUCAAGCACUUCAUCGGCGUCGGUGACCCCAUCUCGGGCAAGGCCAAGUCCACCUCCUGGAUCUCGACGCGCAUGCUGAAGCGUUACUUCAUGCCGCCCUUUGAGGCGGCCAUCGCCGCCGGCGCGCCGAGCGUGAUGAUCGGCCCCGGGUCGAUCAACGGCGUGCCCAUCCACGCCUCGGGCGACCUCCUCCAGACCAUGCUGCGCACUUCGCUCAAGUUCACCGGCGUCAUCACCAGUGGUCCGGGAGGCAUCGACGAUCUCCGCACCCUCCACCACGUUGCGCCCACCGCGGAAAAGGCCGUCGCCCUGGCCGUGCAGGCUGGUGUCGAACUCAGCAUGAACACCCAGGACCUGAGCUUUGCGGACACCCUGUACUCCCUGGCGCAGACGUCACCGACGAUUCAGAAGCUCAUCGACCAGGCUGCCGGCGACAUCCUCGCCCUCAAGAAAGCGCUCGGUCUCUUUGACAACCCCUACGGCAGCAUGACCAACCCCAACAUCCCCACUGUGGGCAGCAACGCCGACGGGGAGUUUGCCAUUCAAGUAGCGCGCGAGUCGGUUACGCUCUUGAAGAAUGACGGCAUUCUGCCGCUCAACAGCACCUACAAGAACAUCAUCCUCUCCGGCCCCACCGGCAACACCAUUGGCGGACUGAGCGGAGGCUAUACUUUCCACAAGCAAGGCGCUAGCGAAGCUGAGUGGGGCGCCUAUGCCUUUUCGUCCACGCUGCUGCUCAACAUCAACCAGCAGGCCCCCGCCGGCUCGACCGUCGGAUUCUCGCUGGGCUGCAACUUCACGGAUUGCCCGGAGGUGGCCAUGGCCGACGCCUACAACUUGGCCCAGAAGGCCGACCUUCUCAUUUUGACCGUCGGCGAGGAUUCGGUCAACACCGACGACGGCGACAUCGAGAGCCUCGAGCUUUCACCCUCGCAGUUGUAUCUGCUGCGGAACCUGUCGUCGCUGGGCAAGCCCAUGAUCAUCGUUCUGGUCGAGGGCAGGCCCCGCAUCCUGCCCCAGUCCGUCAUUGCCUCGGCCAACGCCAUCAUCCACGCCUACCUGCCAGGCCCCCAGGGCGGUCAAGCCGUGGCCGAGGUUUUGUGGGGCAUCACGAACCCGUCGGGCAAGCUCCCCUACACCUACCAUGCUCGCACGGGCGACAUCCGGGUGCCCUACUAUCACUCCUACUCCGACCCGGGCACGCCUCUGUAUCCCUUCGGCUUCGGACUCUCGUUCAGCAAUUUUGAGUACUCGGACCUUACGGUCUCCUCCCUGAACGUGCGCAUGGGCCAGAGCGUUGGCGUCUCCGUGACGGUGAAAAACACCGGCAAGGUCGCUGGCAUGGAGGUCGUACAGCUGUACUUGAGCGACGUGUACGCCUCGGUGGCGCCUGAGGUGAAGAUGCUGCGCCGCUUCACCAAGCUCAACAUCACCGCCGGUCAGUCGGUCAAGGUGCAAUUCACCCUCGACGAGACCGACAUGUCCUUCAUCGGCAUUGAUGAUGCGCCAACGAUCGAGCCGGGAGAGUUUAUCGUCUCGAUCGGUGGUCUGACGGCUUCGUUCAACGUCCUUGCGCCCUCAUCGGCAGAGACAACACCAACGACGCCUAAGGCUUCGCUGGAGGACCGGCGACACCAGCUCUUCGCCGAGUACGAACGCAAGAAGCUCGAGCUGGGCAUGGAGCUCAAGAAGCGGAUCGACGCCCUCGAGGACGAUGAUGUACAUGUGUAG